AAGUUAUAAUUUCUCACUUAACUCAUUGUUAUAUAUAACAUAUUACAUCUACAUUAUUGAGUGAGAAAUUGUAACAUUGAUAUAAUGUUACUAUUAUUUGUUUACCGAAUAACAUCUUAUUUAUUGGAAUAUUGCCAACCAUCAAAGUAUCUAGAUUUCCAAGCAAAUCUUAAUGAGAAAAUUGACAAAAAUUUAAAUAAACUUUUAACAUAUCCUUGAAAACUUCAAUAAAUAUAUAACUAAAAUGUGUUAGCUAAAAUAAAAUUAAAAUGACUAUUACUGAAUAUCAUAAAUCAAGAUAAUAUUGAAUCUAAUAUGUUCAAUCUAAGAAACGAGUUAAUUCUUUAUUUUAUGAAUUAUAUUUCACUCCAAUAUUUUUUUAAAUAUUUUUCUGUGUUCUUUUAAAUUAUUACAAAUUGUGUUCUCUUAAACUAUUACAAGUGAAAGAUAUAAGAUUGAAAAUAAAACAAGUAUUUAGGUAACCCUUCCCCUAGUACUGUUGCGGUAGCACUGUGCAACUACUAUAAAAAUACAAUAUGCAAAAUAAUAGGAUAAAGAAAGAACAAAAAUUAUACUAAUUUAAACUUCAAGCUUAGAAUCAAAGUUGGGUGUUUACAUAUUACUUAUGAUAUUCUACAAGCAAUAAAGACACAAGAACGAAGUAGCAUUGGUAUUGUCCUCCCCAAACUUUCUAUGUAUAAGAUGUAUGACACAUAUAAAUAUGUAUAAAUAAUAUCUUGUAGACAAUGCAUAUAUGUGGAUAGUCAUUUAAAUAACAGUUACAGUGUCAUAAUGGUUACAGUGCAAAACUACAUAUGAUUGGUUAUGGCAUACCAAGAUUUUCAAUUAGAUAAAAAUUAUUAAUGAGUUUAUGAUUAGUAAAAAGAUCAGUUUUAAAAUAAUAUAUUAAAAGAAUAAGUCUAAAUUGUAAUGUACUCUAAAACAAUGAUAACACAUCAUACAUAGGCAAUUUUUGGCGAUUGUUUUGUAUAUGUACCUGGUUGUCAUUGGUCUAAUUUAUAUCAAACAUUUAAUAUAUGUACUAAAUAUCUGUACUGUAUAAAUGUCCAAAACACAUUGUAGAGAAAUAUUUUGAUAUCUCUGAAAAAUAUUUUGGAUAUUUAUGCUGUAUGAAUAUUUAGUAUUAUAUAUUAAAUGUUUGAUGUAAACUUGCCCAAUAACAACCUGGUACAUGUAUCAAACGGUCGCCAAAAAUUGCCUCAUAUAAUCUACACAACAUAUAUAAGUAAGACUGUAAAUAAAAGACUAAAGAUUCAAUUGUUCCAAUGCAAUUGUCAAAAAUAAAAUUUUUUUUAUUCUGUAUGCGUUGUGCUAUGUUAUAAAAAGAUAAUUACAUCAUAAAAAAACUAUAAUGAUAAAGUAAAUACAAAAAAUCUGCAUGAAGACAACAUACGCAAAACAACAGAAGAAAGUUGUAUAAAAAUCUAAGAAACUCUAAACACACACACACACAUAUCUGUGUAUGUAUGUGUAACAAAAUAUAGUUCAAAAGAAUAUCCAGCUUUUAGGAAGAAUUACAAGAGAUAAGGUAAAUUGAAUCUUUAUAUAGUAUGAGUUAUACAAUUAAAAAGAUUAAAAAGAUUCAGAUAGAUUUGAAAUCAUUAUGACUAUUAAAAGACCUAGAGAGAAAUGUAGCUAAAAUUGUUAAGUAUAUUAGAUGUGUUUAAUUUUUAAAAAAAUUAAAAACUGAUAUUAUAAUAAAACUACAAUGAAAUAAAAACUUAACAAAAGUACUGCAAUGUUUCAAAGAAUAUUGUAUUCUCAGAAUACAAUCUUCAGAAAGAAUGUAUAAUAUAUGAAUCACUCAAAUUUCGUAAUAAAAUAUGCGCGCAAUAAAAAAAGCGUGAGAAACUCGAAAGCUUUUUAACAGAGAUUUAAAAACUAGUCAAAUGUGAAUUUGGAACAAUGACUGAUAAGAUAAUCAGAAACAGAUUUAUAUUAGGAAUAAGAGACAAGACUCUGCAGGAGGGACUGUUGUGUGUGUUGUGUAUGUGUGUGUUUGUGAGAAGUGAAUAUUUGAAUUUACAAAAAAAACGAUAAAGCUUCUACAGAGUUGAUAAAAUAUCUAAGCCCCAUACAAAAAAUCUGCAUGAAGACAACAUACGCAAAAGUAAACAACAGAAGAAAGUUGUAUAAAAAUCUAAGAAACUCUAAACACACACACACACAUCUGUAUAUGUAUGUGUAACAAAAUAUAGUUCAAAAGAAUAUCCAGCUUUUAGGAAGAAUUACAAGAGAUGAGGUAAAUUGAAUCUUUAUAUAGUAUGAGUUAUACAAUUAAAAAGAUUAAAAAGAUUCAGAGAGAUUUGAAAUCAUUAUGACUAUUAAAAGACCUAGAGAGAAAUGUAGCUAAAAUUGUUAAGUAUAUUAGGUGUGUUUAAUUUUUUACAGAAUUCUUGAUGUCAUAUUUAGUGGUUAUGAGUGUGUAAAAAAUGUUUAAAUGAAAUCAAACAGCAAAUCAAGAAUGUUGAUAAAUUUCUAUAAAAAUAAAGAGGUUAUAAUUUAUAAAUAGAUACAUUAUAGUGUUAUUUAAAUUGUUGUUUAUUACAAAUUGGAAAGUCACUUCAUGUUUCAAGAAGUCUUACAGAGAAUAAGAAAAGUUUAGCUCAAAUUGAGAAAGAAUCAUUAAGUGUAAUCUUUUUAAUAUGUAAAUUUUAUUAUUAUACGGUUUAUAUGGUAAGGAAAUUGAUGUAAUUGUAGAUUAUAAAUUAAUUAACAUAAUCAAUAAAAGAUUUGCUGAUACCAACCAGUUAUUUACAAAGAAUUAGAAUUAAAUACUCAAAUAUUUUAAAUAAAAAUAUCUUAUACUUCAGGUAAAUUAAUAUUGCAGAUCCACUGUCAAGAUUUUUUCUUGAAGUAAUAAAUGUAAAUAAUACAUAUGUGUGUGUAACUAACAGAAAUAGUACAUUCAAUUGAAAAAAGUCAUAGUAUCUAAUAAGUAAUAAAAAAAACAAAUUAAAAAGCUACUAAUAAAGAUUUAGUGUUAGCUAAAUUAAAAUGUUAUCUUAACUACAAUUUUAUUUUAAUUAUCUAUGUAUGAAAAAUAUGUCAAAGAUCUAGUUCAAUUUUAUUUUAAUUUUUGCAAGAUCACAUUACUGUAGAGGAUAAUUUGGUAUUUUUUAACUUUAAAUUGAUAGUACCAGUAAAUUUUUGUAAAUAUAUAUCACAAAUAUUACAUAAAUCUUAUUUUGGCAUAAAAAACAAGAACGAUAUAAUUAGCCUAGAAUGAACAAAGACAUAGAAAAUAUGAUAUCAAGAGUGCAGUUUUUGAAAGAUACAGUAAUUUAAACAAUAAAGAUCCAUUGAUAUUGCAUGAUAAAUAUUUCUUUUAAUAAAUUGGUUUUUAAUAAAAUAGUUUAAUAAAGUCGCAUAAUAACGGACAUUAUUUAUUGAUAAAAGAUAAUCUACCCAAUAAGCAAAAUGUUAGCAGUAUGUUGACAGAUUGGUGACACAUUCAAUCAAAAUAUCGUGGCAGAUCCAUAAACAUUUGUGUCCGCAAGUUCGUCUCCUAUCGAUAGAGCCUGCUGAUACAGCUUAACAGCAGUUUGACGGUAGAAACCGAGCAAGUUCUGCAAUAUAUGUAUUAUUGUAUUUAAAUAUAUAUAAAUGGUUACAGAAUGACUGAUUUUGCUCGAUUUCUGCUGUUAAUCUGUCAUUACACUUCAUUAGCAGAUCCCAUUGUAUAUCUGUUGGCAAACUGCUGAUAAAAUUUAUAACAGACAUUGCGCAAAAUCUAUUUCUGCAGGUUUGGCUAUUUGGGUACUUAUAAAUACUUUUUGAGUGUCCUGCGCAGAAUUGCCGAGUAUUCAUCUGUAUCAUCAAUUAGGAACUUCUGCAUAAUUUACAACGCAGUCAGAUAUGCACAGCUUAAACACUCUCAAACAGUGGAUGCGGUAUGAGAUAUUCGUCGUCAAAGCUUGGACGGAUAGGCACAAACAAGAAAAGAAUUUGUGCUGUCAAUUAGUGUGGCGGUGUCACGUGAACUAAAGUCAUACAGAGAAAGCAUAUGAUCAUGCUGCAAAACAUCGCAUUUGCUAUUAAUCGGCUAUUUUGCACAUCUGCACAAUGUGUUAUUCCUACCUAACAGUUAUUGUUGUUGUCGUGAUUAUUUUAAUGAGACAAUAACUGUAACUGUUAUGCAGGAAUUUUUAAAAACCAUCAUAGUUACAAGAAGUUGCUGUCAUGUUUCAAUUUAGAUGACAAAAUGCUAUAUGUCCUACCUCAAGGACCAGUUUUUUAAACUGUUCGUUUAAUAAUAAUACAAUUAUUAUUAUUAUAACAUAUAAGGAUUUUUAUAUAUUUAGCGCAUUAUUUUUAAGGUAUUUUUGUAAGGUACUUUUUGUAAGGUAUUUUGUUAGAUGCACGUAUUUCACAUAUUGACGAAUACGUCCAAAAUUGUAUAAUGCUGCUUAUUAAAAUAUCCAAUUAAUCAGAUUGAUAACAUUAGCUUAAAAGUAUGGAAUUUUCUUUUCUGUUAUUAGCAUAUUUUGUUUUAUGCAGGCACAGUUGGAUGUGCAAAAAACAUUUGUUUAGAAAUUUUAUGUGUAUUUGAUCGUCAUAUUUUACUUCGUAACGAAUAUUCAUAGUUCGUUAUAUCUUCAUAAACAAUUUAGUUUGUAGGAAAAUCCCAAGACGAGCGGAAAAAAUUAUAAAUACCUUCAGUGUUCUUGAAACAUAUAAAUAUAUAUCAUCAAGUAUAUGUUUAAAAUGUAUAUAGAGAAUGUUGCCACUUUUGCUAAGGAAUCGUGUUGUACAUGUCAAAUCUAAAUUGAUAUUACAAAUAACAUAUUUAUCAUUAUCUAUUGCAUACAAAUAUGGAACUGGGUGACUCUGUUUAUCAACUGGUUGCAUUCAGUGAAGAAAAAUUAACACCUGAUCGUUAUAAUAAGUUUUUCAAUCCGAAUAUCUGCCAUGUUUGCAAGUUAACGUAUAAUGAAAAUUUCAUAAUAUGUGAUCAGUGCUUUAUGAUCUCUUACUGCAGUGGUAAACACAGACUGUUGCACUUAGAACAGCAUAUGCAGAUCUGCACAGUUAUAGCGAAUUACUUAAAGAAAGAUUUGAUAUGGGAAAUUCAUCGUUUGAGUCAGGAGGAAUGGAUACAGUCUAGGAAGGAAUUCAUAGACAUAAUCAAGGGGCAAUUGUCACGUGAUCUAGAACCAUACGAGAUGCAAAUGAUCAUGUUUGCAUCGUCAUGUCUUAUUUGCCAUCAGCAACAAAAUCUGCGCACUUGUAUGACGUGUUAUUCCAGCAACUAUUGCGGUGACCAUGCAAAAGUCUUUGAAAGUCAUCACAGCUCCACUUGCAAGGAGUUGUUGUUAUAUCUCAACCUAGCUAUUAAAGUUCCGCAUGGUAUUAAAUUUGAAUCAAAAUUUUCCACUUUUCCUGAUAGGAAUAGACCUAUCAAAGAUAUGGAUUCAUUUAUUCAGCAAUAUUAUCGAAGUCGAAGACAAUUGAGGUCUUUGCUAGCGAUAGAUUACUUUUAUACUGAGUACGUAUCGGGACCGUUGACAUUGUAUUAUGGAAUGAAAAAUGCAAGUUUAUUACAAUCUCUGCAAAAAAAUACAUGUGUUAUUCAUAUAAUAGCGGCAAGCCCUGUUGAUAGAAAAUACUUGCCAGCUUGGGAACUUCUCCUGCAUCUUUUACAUAAAAUAAAAGACCUAAAAAUUGUACUAAUAGGGCCGGAAUUAACCAAUGAAUCAGAUAAUAUCGAAAUUUGUUUUAGAUGCAAUACACGGUGCAGUCAAAAGUUUAGUUUCGAGUGUUAUCGUAUGUUGUAUCACAAUUAUGUGGACAGUGUGAAUUACAAACGGCCAAAUCUAAUUAUAGGAUUUCAAACAGAUUUCAGUGAUGGGAAGAGAUGGUCGUCGAAAUCCUUUUUAAAAUUACGAGAUCAAGGCUGUCCGCUUUUGUUAACCGCGAAAUCGAAAUUUAAAUCCAAUCAAAAUAUAAGUAAAAUAGGAGAUGUUCUAGGUUUAUCUAUAAGUCCUGUAUAUCACGAAGAAAAUAAAUUUGGUUCAGCUAGGCCGUGCAGAGAUUUUGAGACCAAUAGCGUAUCCUAUUGUAAUAAGGUUUUAGCUAUUAUUGUAUGGUUUUAGCCACUAUUAUAUGAUUUUCGCUAUUAUUACGAAUUUAUGUGACGUCUAAUAAACUAUUGAAAACUAUCGUAUCGAUUGUGAUAUCAAUUUAGUAUAACUAUUAUAAAUAAUAUAAUAUUGUGAAUAAUAACUUUAUGUAUAUAUAAUUCCUUAAGAAAUAUACUGAUUGUUUGUAUUAUUGUGAAUUAAACAUGUUUUUAAUAAAAAAUGGGUUUGAUCAGAA